AUGACUAACGGUGAGGUGCCUGGAGGCGGGUGCGUCCCGUUGGGAACAACUGGCUCUCAUGAUCCGUUAAAUUUGUCCCCGGCGAAGUCGGAAGCGGGUGAUCUGUCGCCGGGUUCGUUGUCGGAGUACUCGUCGUGUGGGGAGUCGGAGUUCGAGAGGUAUUGUAGUGCAAACUCGGUGAUGGGGACACCCAGUAUGUGUAGCUCGCUUGGACCGGCCAACGAUUAUCUGGAGUCUGAGUUUGGUUCUCUCAGGAGUUUGGAGAAUUUUAGUUUGGGAGGGGGGAUUGAUAGGGAUGUGGAAGGACGGAAGCUGUCGGAUUCUGGUGUUGAUUGUUUGAAAAGGGGAGCGGUUGAUGUGGGGGAUGAUGGCCGUGGUGUGGGAUUUCAUGGUGGUGGAAGGGUGCUUGGAGAGACUAGUGGACUGACUGGAAAACUGGAAGGUUGGCAAGAUGGUGUUCAUGAGGGUAAUGGUGAGGCUGGUAGUGAUGAUGCGCUUGGGAAGAUGGUGAGUGAGGGGGGAAAUGAUGGUUUCUUAAGUGGGUUGGAGUCGGAGAUGCAUUUAAAGUCUUACAAAGAGAACGUAGGGUUAGAAGGGGAGGGCGAUGGGGAUUCUGAUGAUGAGGAUGAUUCCAUGUAUGGCUGUGGUUCAGAUGAUGAGAAUAGGAAGAAUUUGUACGUCCAGGGAAAAGUACAAUAUAGCAAGGACGUAACAGUAGACAGCGAGAAUCCAUUGCUCAUCAAUUCGUCUGUAGCUUUUGGUUCAGAUGAUUGGGAUGAUUUUGAGCCAGAAAUCGCUGGUGGUAAUCUAGCUUCUCUUACCCUGGAUGAAUUUCAGGAGCGGCAUGGACAAGAAUUAGGAGCUCAAAGAAUGUUUCUUAGUUCCAUGCCCAUGACUGGGGUAGCGGUUGCUGGUCCAACUGAGGUGGGUGGACUUGUGACAGAGGCUCUCACUUGCAGUAAACGAAUUGCAGGUUUUGGAUCUGAUGAAGAUAUUGGUGGCUGUUCUCUGGCUCCUAUAUGUCUUCAGAAGUCUGAACCAGAGCAAUUGGAAGGGGUGAGAGAUAUUUCUGUAGCCAGUUGCCAGCUCAAAGUAACUGAUGGACUGUCCAAGGAUCAUAGAAGCUCAUCAUCUGUUGCAUCUGAUCUUUCAAGCAUUUGUGGACUAGACCAAGAGGAUGUUAGGGAUCACAGUCUUCCUUAUAAAAAUGGGGUUACUAACGUCACAGCCGAGCUUUUUAAGGACAGUUCAAUAAGUGAUUUGCAUGAGCUGGAGCUUGAUCCACUAGAUGGAAAAGUUUUUGCAGGGCUACAAUCGGAGAGUUUAAGUUCUGACAAGCAAAUGGAAUCCCAAUAUAUGAGUAGGGGGAACAUCGGUUUUAUGAGUGAUCACAAAGUCUCACAAAAUCUAGAGACGAAGAGUGUCGAAGUAAAAGUUGAUCCUCCCCUCACUCAUCAUUCUAAAUAUUCUGGGACACCUUACUUUGAAGAUCAUGAAUGGACCUCCACUCAUUCAGCAGUUCAGGAUAACAGUGGUGAAACAUCCAAAGUCACUUCAGACUUGACAGUUACCUCCGAUUAUCAUCGAAUGAAGAUUGAGACAGGAAACCUUGAGCUCAAUGAAUUUUAUGAUGAGAUUGUCAAUGAGAUGGAAGAAAUCCUUCUUGAUUCCCAUGAAUCUACAAGGCCGAAGUUCCUCCAGGGUAACUACAGUUUUCACUCACAACUAAGUUUGCCACAAAGAGAUGGUGGAAGAACUGCCUCAACUUCUGGAUCAGUUGAUACUUACUCAUUAACCAAGCAGUUGCAGAGAAUUCAUGGAGCUGAUGUGAUAGGUGCAAAGCAAAAGAGAGGAGAUGUCUCAUUCAGUGAAAGAUUGGUCGGGGUCAAAGAGUACACAGUUUAUAUUAUAAGGGUGUGGAGUGGUACAGAUCAAUGGGAGGUUGAACGUAGAUACCGAGAUUUUCUGACACUGCACCGUCAGCUCAAAUCAUUAUCUGCUUAUCAAGGCUGGUCUCUACCUUUGCCCUGGUCAUCUGUGGGGAAGGAACCCACAAAAUUGUUUGGCAGUGCCUCUCCAGAUGUUGUUUCUGAGAGAAGUGCUCUAAUUCAGGAGUGUUUGCAUUCAAUUCUACAGCCUGGGCUCUUUUCUAGUCCUCCCAGUGCAUUGUUUUGGUUUUUGUGUCCUCACGAUUCCUUGCCUAGUUCUCCUGUGUCGGAAACACAAGCAACUGGUUGUACAAUUUGGAAUGGUGGGGAAACUUCAGGAAGUCUAGCCAGUUUUGGGAAAACAAUAUCACUGGUUGUUGAAAUUCGGCCUCAGAAAUCUAUGAAACAGUUGUUAGAAGCACAGUAUGAUACUUGCGCUGGAUGCCACAAGCAUUUUGAUGUCGGUAAAACACUUAUUCGUGAUUUUGCCCAGACCCUUGGCUGGAGAAAGCCUAGGGUAUGUGAAUACACUGGUCGAUUAUUUUGUUCUUCUUGCCAUACAAACGACACUGCAGUUUUGCCAGCACGAGUACUUCAUUAUUGGGAGUUCACCGAAUAUCCAGUCUCUCAGAUGGCUAAGUCCUUCCUGGAUUCCAUACACGAUCAGCCAAUGCUCUGUGUCAGUGCCGUUAAUCCUUUCCUGUCCUCCAAGGUACCGGUCUUGCGCCAUGUUAUGAGUGUCAGGAAGAGAAUAGGAAGCAUGCUUCCUUUUCUUCGCUGCCCAUUCCGCAGGACCAUAAACAAGGGACUUGGUUCUCGAAGAUAUCUUCUUGAAAGCAAUGACUUUUUUGCACUAAGAGAUCUCAUUGAUCUCUCCAAAGGAGCUUUUGCAGCCCUCCCUGUGAUGGUUGAAACAAUGUCCUCCAAAAUCCGCGAGCAUAUAACAGAGCAAUGCCUUGUAUGCUGUGAUGUGGGAAUCCCUUGUGGUGGUCGUCAAGCUUGCGAUGACACAUCUUCACUCAUUUUUCCCUUCCAGGAAUCUGAGAUUGAGAGGUGCUCCUCCUGUAACUUGGUGUUCCAUAGAUCCUGCUUCAGAAAGCUUCCAACCUGUUCUUGUGGAGCACGCCUGGGAGGCACUGAUGCUGUGAUUCUGGCUAGUAGAUCAAUCCAACCACAGGUCCAUAACAGAUCGCUGGGAAGAUCAACAUCCGGUUCAACUGCUCGGUUACUCUCUGGACUGUUCUCAAGGGGAAAGGCACACAAGGCGAGUGAUCGCAAGGACAGUGACCCUGUGAUCCCGAUGGGUUCUUUGCCUACUUCAGCACUUCUUGACAACCUUUAA